AUGAAAAUUUUUGUACUUAUAAUACUAUUUCUUAUAUAUAUUAAAAAUUGUAAUGGAAAAAAAAAUUUUAUACCAGCUGAAAAAAAUCAUUAUGUAAAUUAUACUAAUGACGUAGUAUUUAAUAAAGUAGCUGGUGAAUUAAAUAAUAAAGUUAAAGUAUUUUGUAUUUUUUUAACAACACCAAAAAACAAAAAUACUAGAGUUAUACAUCAAAAAAAAACAUGGAUUAAAAGAUGUAAUGCUUAUAUAUAUGCUUCAGGAAAAGAAGAUCGAUCACUUCCAGCUAUUAAAGCAUAUAAAGAUGAUCAUUAUAGAUUUUCAUAUGCCAAAAUGAGUACUGUUUUUAAAUAUGUUUAUAAAAAUUAUAUUGAUCAAUAUGAUUGGUUUUUAAAAAUUGAUUGUGAUACAUAUGUUGUAAUGGAAAAUUUAAGAAUGUUAUUAUUAAAUAAAAAUCCAAAUGAACAUUAUUAUUCAGGAUUUCAAUUUAAUUUAGAUGGAUGGAAAGAUAAAAAUUUUCAUUAUCAUCAUGGUGGUUCAGGAUAUGUUAUGAGUAAAAAAACACUUUCAUUACUUGUAACUAAAGGAUUAGGAAAUAAAAAAUAUUGUAGAAUAAAAGAUCAUGGUUUUGAAGAUUUAGAAAUAGGUAUGUGCUUAUAUAAUCUUAAAGUAAAAAUAAAUGAUGGAAGAGAUAAAAAUGGUAAAAUAUUAUAUUUACCAAUUGAUUUAAAUAGUGCUUUAACACCAUUUUACAAUAAAAAAAGAGAUUAUUAUUUAUCUGAAAGAAGUAUAUUUAAAUAUCCAAAUGGUAUUGAAGCAAUGAGUAAAUAUCCAAUAGCAUUUCAUAAAGUAAAUGGAGAAACAAUGUAUAUGCUUGAAUAUUUAAUAUAUCAUUUAAAUGUUGCUGGUUUAAGAAAUCCAAUGUUAAUUCCUGAUAAUGAAGAUGUAGAUAAAGAAUCUCAAUUAAUUAUGGAAAAAAUAAGUUAUUAUUCUUCAAAUUUCUACAAAAAUUAA